CUCGGUUCGCUCGCUCGCUCCCUCGUCCGCGACGUCAGCACCGUUUCGUUUCCCCAUCACUCCCAACCUCCCGAUUCCCGAAGCACGUCCCCUGCCGACGAGCGCCAUGGCGAGUCUUUGAGCGAGGUUUCUAGCCGGGCGUUUUCUGCGGCCGCGGGUCAGUCGGUCGGGCGAUGGGGUGCAAGGGGUCCAAGCUGGACGAGCAGGAGGCCGUGGCGCUGUGCCGGGGCCGCGCCGACCUGCUCGCGGCGGCCGUGCGCCACCGCUACGCGCUCGCCGACGCGCACGACGCGCUGGCGGACUCGCUCGCCUCCGCCGCCGCCGCGCUCCACCUCCUCCUCGCGGCCCGGCCGCCGCUCGCGCUCCCCGCCGCGCGCAAGGACGCCGGCGCGCCGCCGACGCAGCCCGCCGCCUCGCCGCCGCACUCCUCGUCGCACAUCAACUUCGCGCCGUCCUCCGACUCCGAGCCCGGCUCCGCGUCCUCCUCGCCGCCGCGCCGCCUCGCCGGCCACGACCACCUCCCCCAACACCCGCACCCGCACGCGCUCCCGUACCCGCAUUACGGGUACGCCGCCGGCUACGGCUACGCGCCCGAGCCCCCCUACGGCGGGUACCCGCCGGGGUCGCUGCGGCUCUACUACUCCCGGAGCCGCCCGCCCCCGGCCUCCGUCGCCGUCGAGCAGCGCACCGCGGAGUCGGGGCGCGUGUACUACGGCUCCUUCGAGCCGGCGGCUGGCGGGUACCCGCAGUACCACUCGUACGGCGCCGAGCCCGCGCCGGCGGCGCCAGGCGGGGCGCCCCUGCCGCCGUCGCCGCCGAGGUCGAGCUCGUGGGACUUCUUCAACGUGUUCGGGGACUACGACGUGUACGACAACUACUGCUACGACGCUGGCGGCGCUGGGGCCGCGGCGGCGUACACGCCGAGCCGGAGCUCGCGGGAGGUGCGGGAGGAGGAGGGCAUCCCGGAGCUCGAGGAGGACGACGCCGUCGUCAAGCAGGUGGCCGGCGAGUUCUCCGCGCCCGGGAGCGGCGCCCGCAGCCGGCGCAGCUCGCUCGGCGGCGUCAGCAGCAGCAUUGCCGAGGUCGACGAGGAGGAGAAUUCUGUCGUCGAUAAGGAGGUGAUUGGCGGGGGGAACGUGGCGCGACAACAGGCGCCGGCACAGCGUAACGUUGAAGCGUCUGCGCCGACUGCCCGGAGGGUCGUUGACGGCUCAGACGUUGCCGGCGAGAUCAAAGCGCAGUUUGUUCGAGCUGCAGAUGCUGUCAAGGCGCUUUCACCGAUUCUUGAGGUCGGGAGGCGGAGGUACAAUCACCGGAGUUCAGUGUACCAUGUUUCAUCUCGUAUGGUGUCAGCGAUUGCCUUGCCGCAUUCAGACCUUGGAGGCGUUGAGCUUUUGGAUGUUGGAGGUGAGAAGGUGUUGGGAGGGAGGAGCCUGUCUUUGACACUGCAGAAGCUCUAUAUCUGGGAGAAGAAAUUAUAUGAUGAGGUUAAGGCUGAAGAGAAAAUGCGUCUGCUGCUUGCGAAGAAUACAAAGCGACUGAAGUUCUUGGAUCAUAAAGGUGCUGAAGCUAACAAGAUCGAUGCGACCCGAAAUAUGGUCAGGAAACUGUCGACAAAAUUAAGAAUAUCUGUAAGAGUGAUUGCUAAGGUUUCCAAAAAGAUAAACAGAGUAAGGGAUGAGGAAUUGUGGCCACAAAUUAAUGCCUUAGUCCAAGGGUUUGUGAGAAUGUGGCGAGACAAGUUGGACUGCUACCAGAUACAGUGUCAAGUUAUGUCAGAGGCAAAAAACCUGGAUUCAGUUGUCCCCGACGGAUGCAGUCGAGAUAUGGCAUUGGAGCUUGAACUGGAGUUGAUGAAAUGGAUUGUCAAUUUUUCCUCCUGGGUGAAUGAACAGAGGAGCUUCGUAAAGGCGCUGAAUGGAUGGCUAUCACUUUGUCUUAACUACAAGGCUGAAGAGACAGUUGAUGGAGUUGCUCCUUAUUCACCUGGAAGAGUGGGUGCUCCCCUUGUGUUUGUCAUCUGCAACAGCUGGUCUCAAGCCAUGGACCGGUUCUCCGAGAAGGAAGUGGUUUCCUCAAUGCAAGCUCUUGUGUCCAGUGUGCGCAAGCUGUCGGAGAAACAAAAUGUCGAACAGUCGGAGCAGAUCAUUGCUACCAGGGAAAGAGAAAGAUGGAACAAGAUAUUGGAAAGGAAGACUGUGGAGAUCAAUAAGGAGGCAGAUGUGCUGAACAGGAAGCUGGCCCUGGUCCCAGGUCGGCACAGCCGGCUUCCAAGCGCACAAACAUACCAGGAUCAUCUUCUUGACGUAAGCAGUUUGCAGACUAGCUUGCAGCGUGUUGUCCAAGCCCUAGAAAGCUUCGCCUCCAGCUCGCUGCAAGCAUUCGAGCAGACCCUGAGACAUGCCGAGGAGGAAAGAUCGUCCAGAGAGAAUAAGAAUGCCAAAGUCUCAUAGAUUAGCAGCCUGGUGUUGCAUCUGACAGUGAACAAGAAUGUAACAGCACGAGCAUGUCCUCAUCGAGCGGUGAUGCUGAAUAUGCUAGGCAAAUGCUGCUCAUUUAGAAUUUUGGUGGCGGAAUCCUGACUUCUGAGUUUGCUAACAGAACCGAGGCUCGUCCAUGUAGUUUGGGUAAAAGUCUCAUCGUCGUCCUUCAGAGUAGAUAUAACGUAGCAGCAGGUUCAUAUAUAGGUAAAAUGCCCGUUUUGGUGGUUGUAUGCUUACCCGGUGCACCGAGUCUGUUGAUUUUCUUCUCCUUCUUGCCUGAUGCUAGUAUAGCUGAAUCUUUUGAGUGAGCAAUGGUGGAACAAUAUAUUGUUCAUGAAAUGCAGUGUUAGCCUGUAUACA